GUGCUUCUGGGCGGGUCUCACGCCGCUGCGCUCUUCGCUGAUCUCUAAACAUCACCGUGGGGGAAAAUUACCACCAGUAGCUGUUGUACUUCCGGUCCCUAUGCUUUACAGCUUUACUGCUUCUGCGCAGCCUUUCCACGCGCCUUUGAGGAGGUUCCGGUGUCGCGUUUCCGUCACGUCGUCCAUUUUCACGGAUCCGCACAUGGUGCUACACCGGCUGAGGAUCGCCAGCCUUUUCGUUUUCGGGAUUUUUGCUCCGCUGUAGACAAAAGUCCGUGUCGUAGUUCUGUUAAAUGAAAGAAACGGUGGAUAUGGUGGACGACCCCGAGUAUGAAGAGGAGGAGCCUUCCUUCAGCGACCCGGAGGACUACGUGGACGAUGUCGACGACGACGAGCUUCUUGAUGACAUCCUGAGGGAGAAACCCCAGGAGGCAGACGGCAUAGACUCAGUGGUGGUGGUGGACAACGUCCCUCAGGUGGGCCCGGAGCGUUUGGAAAAGCUCAAGAACGUCAUACACAAGAUCUUCUCCAAGUUUGGCAAGAUCACGACCGAGUUUUACCCAGAUGCAGAUGGCAUGACCAAAGGUUACAUCUUCCUGGAGUAUGCUUCUCCUACUCAAGCCCUCGAAGCAGUCAAGAACGCAGAUGGAUACAAACUCGACAAGCAACACACGUUUAGGGUCAACCUCUUCACUGACUUUGACAAAUACAUGAACAUCAGCGAUGAAUGGGAAGCUCCAGCUAAGCAGCCUUUCAAAGACUUUGGGAAUAUGCGCCAUUGGAUCGAGGACCCAGAUUGCCGUGACCAGUACAGUGUGAUCUAUGAAGCUGGAGAGAGGACUGCCAUUUUCUCCAACGACGCUAAAGAGCCAAUCACAGUUGAAGAGAGAGCGCGCUGGACAGAGACGUAUGUCCGAUGGUCUCCUAAAGGUACCUACCUGGCUACGUUCCACCAGCGGGGAAUCGCACUGUGGGGCGGCGAGAAGUUCAAACAGAUUCAGAGAUUCAGUCAUCAGGGUGUGUCCCUCAUUGACUUCUCACCAUGUGAAAGUAUUUAUUCAUUAGGUGUCGUUACCAACUUUGAAAUCUUCCGCAUGAGAGAGAAGCAGGUUCCUGUCGAUGUGGUGGAAAUGAAGGAAAGCAUCAUAGCGUUUGCAUGGGAGCCCAAUGGCAGUAAGUUUGCUGUCCUCCACGGCGAGUCGCCAAGAAUCAACGCCUCCUUCUAUCAUGUCAAAAACAACGGCAAGAUCGAGCUCAUAAAGAUGUUUGACAAGCAGCAGGCCAACAGUAUCUUCUGGAGCCCACAGGGACAGUUUAUGGUGCUGGCUGGGCUCAGGAGUAUGAACGGAGCUCUCGCCUUUGUAGACACAUCAGACUGCACCAUGAUGAACAUAGCAGAGCAUUACAUGGCCUCUGACGUGGAGUGGGAUCCAACGGGUCGCUACGUCGUCACCUCCGUCUCGUGGUGGAGCCACAAGGUGGACAAUGCGUACUGGCUGUGGACGUUCCAGGGCCGACUCCUCCAGAAGAACAACAAGGAUCGAUUCUGUCAGCUGCUCUGGAGACCAAGACCUCCAACCCUGCUCAGCAUAGAACAGAUAAAGAUGAUCAAAAAAGAUCUGAAGAAAUACUCAAAGAUCUUUGAGCAGAAGGAUCGUCUGAGCCAGUCCAAGGCUUCUAAGGAGCUGGUGGACAAGCGCAGGGCAAUGAUGGAAGACUACCGACGGUACAGGGAGGAGGCGCUGAAGAUUUAUCAAGAACAGAAGAGCAUUCGCCUCGAGCUCAGAGGAGGAGUUGACACAGAUGAGCUCGACAGCAAUGUGGACGACUGGGAGGAAGAGACCAUUGAGUUUUUUAUCAACGAAGAAAUCAUUCCCAUUGGAGAUCUGUAGUCCCCUACGCAGUCCAUCCGUUUUUGUGUGGAAGAAGGAGAGAGGAGCUACAUCAUUGAUUGGAGAAGGACGACGACCACGCUGUGAAUCUUGGGGCUUCAUCUCGGGCCGCAACGUUCAACUCAUCAUCAAAGUGCGCCUUACGGAUCAGCAGUUUCAUCGAGAGACAAAAGAGAAUACUUUGUAUUGCCUAUUUUCUCUUUGUCUCUCAGCAUCAUCUUCCCCAUUUUUAUUUCCUCUGUGGACUUUGAUAUUUAGCAAAACUGCCUCCUACUCUGUUCAUUAGUUGGAGUCUCAGUGUCUAAUCUCAAACUCCAUCCUGUGUUGGACCUUCCUCAAGCCCCCCUGGGGAUUUUUUUUGAACUAGCCUCACCAUGCUAGUCUGUUGUUACAGGGCAGCACAGAGUGCCAUACCAUUCAGGGGUGGAGGUGUUGUGAAUAAACAAGUAGCCUUGUUAAUAAAUGUGCUGAUGUGGCGCUAUAGUGGCCUGUAUCCUCCUCCUUUCAGACUAGGCUUUCACACAGGGAGGGGGCGCGCAGUGGGGAAACCUUUAAAUAAACAAACAGAAUACCACCUGA